AAAUCUUUGAAAAUGCACUGGGUUUGAAUUUGCCAUCAGAUAUAGGCUCUGGACCUGUGGUAGUGCACUGGCCAGCCCCCCAGAGGCCAUCCUCAUCUAUGGCUUUGACGCAGUCAUGUGUGAUGUAUGGUCUUAGUGAUGGGGGAUGUGGACGCGUCAUUGACAUAAUCACAAUGCCACCCAGACGUCCGCCACUCAACUUUUUUACAUCUAACCACGAUCAUGGAUAUACCUUCGACAUCAGCGUGCACUUCUUUUCCUCAGUACAUCGCUCGUCAAUAUGCAGGUGAAUUGGAGUCUCCGGCGUCGAAUCAAUUCCAUCUCUUCUUCAACGGCGACAUUCCGUUGUCGGUGCCGUGCCUUCGGGCACUCUCUCUUUACGAACAAGCCUUGCAGGUCGCAAAUGAUGAAUCAUCGUUAUCUGACUCCUCGUUUUCCCCCGACGCCACCGCCGCUUUUAACGACUUACACCCACUAACCCCUGCUCAGCUCUCUACCUUCACCUAUCUUGAGAUGAAAGCUCUUCUCUCCUCUGAUCCUGUAUUCGUCGUCAGCAAACAGUUUACCACACUUGAUAGCUUCGAAGUUGACCCCGAAAUUUGUCGCAACUUUCUUCUUGAUGACCCGUGGAUAGCAGUACGUGGCAUAUACUCCAACUUCGUGGUGUGCUCUGGAUGCAGGAGCAUUAUCGCCGGCGAAGAAGACUACCAGCAAAAUGUCGAGGCAUGGAUGUCGCAUCGAGAUUCUUGCGCGGGUAUAGAGGAUAAAAUUCUGAACGCUAUCGUUCAGAGUUGGGACGCUCUAGACGCUAUGUCGCUAAUGAGGGAAACACAGACGAGAUCGCUAUCAUCACGGACGGACGUCAAGAUAGAUUCCCUUCCACAUUUCUCGGAGGGGAUUAGAAAGCUCAGUCAUUUUGAGGUAUGUUAUCCACUGGCAGAAACUAUCUCCAUUGACAGCAGUUUCAUGACUACAGGAACGAAAACGAAAUGUUACUUUUGUUAGAGAGUGGCUGGCCCAGAUUGAAUCGUGACCCUUGUGAAGUGCAUGCAAAUUGUCUAUGUAACAUUUUGAUUAUCUGACGCUAUAAACCCAUUGGCUUAAUCAUGCACGACGCAAGUCAUACCAGGGUGUAGCAGCAUAAUCGCCGCGUGAUAUGAUCCAUCUAU